UGGUGGAGAGAAAAUAGUCAAAAUACAAUGUUUGACUAGAAGUUGAGCAGUUUGCAAAUUGCAAAUUUGCAGCAGCCACCGUUUUUCUCCCUCGUGUUUAUUUUUAUUUUCUGAGAUUCCUGCGGUCCCAUUGUUUGUGUUUGUCUUUCUCACACUUGUCACAGUCCCUCUCUCUUCUCUUCCAUUUCCAUGGCUGCGUUUUCUCUCACCUCCUCUCCUUCCCUUCACAAACCCAUGUUCUCUUCUUCUUCUCAUUCCCACCUUAACCCUCGUCCUUCACUUCCUUUCCAUUUGCAGAUUAUGACCCACAAGCCCCUUUGCCUUCAAAACCCUCAUCUUUUACAGAUUCGCUCCUUCCGUCAACAAACUAGAGCUACACCAGUUACCAAAGACCUGUGGGAAAAUUCGAUUGUGAAAAGUGAAACCCCAGUCCUUGUUGAAUUUUAUGCAAGUUGGUGUGGCCCGUGCAGGAUGGUACACCGGGUAAUUGAUGAGAUUGCAACAGAGUAUGCUGGGAGACUUAAGUGCUUUAUACUCAACACUGACACUGAUAUGCAAAUUGCUGAAGAAUAUGAAAUUAAGGCUGUGCCAGUGGUUUUAUUGUUUAAAAAUGGCCAGAAAUGUGAUUCUGUAAUUGGUACCAUGCCGAAGGAGUUUUAUGUGGCUGCAAUUGAGAGGAUGUUGAAGUCCUAAACAUGGAUCAAUCAGACAAAAACUCAGUAGAGGAGAUGAUCUUUUACCCUUGCAUGCCAUGUCGGUUCGGUUAAAUUUUUAGUUAGCUUAUUAGACUAUUACUAUUACUUUGUUCUUGUACAUAUUGUGUACUUUUUUCCAGAAUAGGUAUGAGACUGCCUAAGUAAUGAAUGAUCCACCUUCAAUCUCUAUAAUCUCCUUUGAGAAGCCUUGUUCAGGUAUAAGGAAUAUCAGAGGUUAAUUUGAUUGUUCCUUUUGUACCUGGUUUGAACAGCAGCUGUUAUUUUGAAAGUAAUUUUUGU